AUGUCUCGUCUUUACGUCAAGGGAAGGAUCAUGGGCCACAAGCGCUCGCAGCGCGUCGCCAAGUGCCACACCUCCCUCAUCAAGAUCGAGGGUGUUGAGAAGACCGACGACGCCAAGUUCUACCUUGGCAAGCGCGUCGCCUACGUCUACAAGGCCACCAAGGAGGUUCGUGGCUCCAAGAUCCGCGUCCUCUGGGGCCGCAUCACCCGCCCUCACGGCAACUCGGGUGUUGUUCGUGCCAAGUUCGCCCACAACAUCCCCCCCCAGGCUUUCUCUGCUCGUGUCCGUGUCAUGCUCUACCCCUCGAGCAUCUAA